AAUUAAUUCUUUUUUCUUUUGGUUAAAAACAUAGUUUUUCUAUUAUUUUUUACUUUUUAUUAUGGACGAAAUGCCACAUGUCCUUUUCUUAAUCUUUAUAAAUUACUUACACUUUCAAAUUAAUUAAUUAAUCUCCUUCUUAAUUUUUUCCGUUACAUCUCUGCCAAUUCUUAGGGUUUUCUCAUUCAAUUUCUGGUUCCUUUUGGGCUUCGAAUUAGAAGAUCGACAUUGGAUUUUAGAUAUUCACGUUUUUUUUAGCUCUUUCAACCAGGUAGGAAGCACAGAGGCUUAUAGCUAAUAUAAGGAUUGUAAGUCAAGCAUGUUGUGUUGCUUAAACUGCAAUUUGGCUCCGGAAAUGAGGUUUCAGGAAGCCGGUGCUUGAUGGGCAGUAAACUCAGGAGUAGUAAUAAGAGAACACUAAAGAGGUGGUUUUUCAUCGACAAAAAGGUGGGAUAAAAAUAUUAGUGUUCUAAUGAUUCCGAGAAAGAAGCCAGGGAGGCUAGAUGACGUUCGUUCUAAUGGUUGGCUUGAUGCAAUGAAGUCUUCGUCACCUCCUAGUAAGAAGGUUCAGAAGGAAGCAGGCGUUGAGGAUUUCUCUGAUGAUGCUAAAUGUGGUUACUCUUCUUGGAUGUUCAAGUAUCCAUCAGCACUAAACUCAUUUCAGCAAAUUGUAAACCAUGCGAAGAAUAAAAAGAUUGUUAUCUUUUUAGACUACGAUGGGACUCUUUCUCCAAUUGUAGAUGAUCCUGACCGUGCUUUUAUCUCCGCUGAAAUGCGUUCUGCUGUCAGGGAUGUUGCGAAGCAUUUCCCAACAGCCAUCAUCAGUGGAAGAAGCCGUGAUAAGGUUUAUCAGUUGGUAGGACUAACCGAACUCUAUUAUGCUGGUAGUCAUGGUAUGGACAUCAUGCUUCCAAUUAGAAAUGAGUUGUGCACUAAUGAUUCACUUAUCAAAUCUACUGACCAGCAGGGCAAGGAAGUUAAUCUAUUCCAGCCUGCUCGUGAAUUUUUACCUAUGAUAGAUGAGGUUUUUAGAACCCUCGUCGAUAAAACUAAAGAAGUAAUAGGUGCAAAAGUUGAGAACCACAAAUUUUGUGCCUCUGUACAUUACCGUAACGUAGAUGAGAAUAGUUGGCCUAUUCUUGCCCAAUGUGUACAUGAUGUCUUGAAAGAAUACCCUCGACUACGACAAACUCAUGGGCGGAAGGUUUUAGAGGUCCGUCCUGUAAUAGACUGGGACAAAGGAAAAGCAGUUGAGUUUUUGCUUGAUUCACUAGGUUUUAGAAACAGCCAUGAUGUGCUCCCUAUCUAUAUUGGCGAUGACAGAACAGAUGAAGAUGCAUUCAAGGUUUUGAGGGGGAGAUAUCAAGGUUAUGGAAUUCUUGUUUCGGCUAUUCCAAAAGAGAGUAACGCUAUCUUUUCUCUCGGGGAUACUUCAGAGGUCAAAGAAUUCUUGGGUUCUCUUGCGAAAACUAUGGAAAAUCAAGAAAUGUGAAAUGCAGGACGGGGGAGGGAACAAAAGGGAUGUUACUAAUAAGAAUUUUGAAUAAACUGUGAAGUCAUUUCUUUUAUCAUAUUGUUCAAAUAUUUUUCUUACAAGUGCAAGAAUUUUGUUUUCAGUUUUUUUGUAAUUUCAUUUUCUCGGAUUUUCGUGUAUUCUGCUCUGGGUAAGGAGGAGACUGUUGAGAAAAAAAAAGCCCUUUUCUCUUGAGUUAUUGUGAUGGUUAAUGUACUUUAGAUCAAGUGUUUCGAGAAGCUCUGUGGGGAUGGGUUGUUUGGUCUUCUUAUAUGAACUUGGGUCUGGGUCGUACUCUCCUUACGAGCUAUCUUGAUUAUGGGCAGGGAUGUGGCUCGACAGUGUUAAAAAAAAGAUAUAUGCCUUAGUCCCCAAAUUUAAGGGGCCUC